UUGAUAAUUCCCGACUUCCUGAUUUGAACUUCUCACAUCGACACCCAUUUCUAUGGAGUUCUUUUAGUAACUUGAGUAUUGGAUUGAGACUUUUAGACCCUUUUCAACACUUUGCAUGCUGUGGCAGGGGCACAAGUGAACAACAAAUACUUUUAUACCUGUAGCCAUUCAUUUGUUUGAAUCUGCACGUGCACUUUGCACUGACAGGUGAAUGAUAGACAGAUCACUGACCUGCAUUUCUCCUGCAGGAUCCACUUCUCCUCCACACUGUCCACACUAAGUUUUUUUAAAACUGCUAGAAAAGACAAGGAAUACACAUGAGCACCAGACUACAGCGUAUUAAAGAUCAUAUCUUAUCAGCAAAUCAGUGUUCAGAAAUGAGCGUCUUGCCACCGAGCCCUCUCACCACUCAUGUGCUGAACACUGGCCGAGGUAUACCAGCUGCCGGCAUGAGCAUCACUCUGUACUUCCUGGAUCCUACCACGUCAACAUGGAACCAUCGAACAACAGGAACUACAAACAGUGAUGGGCGAUGUCCAGGUCUCAUCACUAAAGAUGCCUUUAGUCCUGGUAUCUAUAAGAUGCGCUUUGAGACCGGACAGUACUGGGAGGGUCUGGGGGAGACCUGCUUCUACCCGUACGUUGAGAUUGUCUUCACCAUCACUGAUGCGUCUCAGAAGUUCCACAUCCCACUGCUCCUGAGUCGCUUCUCCUACAGCACCUACAGGGGGAGUUAACAUGAGCAUGAACCAAACACAUUCACACUGACCCGCCUGGUCCUGAUUCCUGGCCACUAAUAAGCUUAUCUAAAUGUGAAAGAUAUCACUAUUGCUGAUGUAUAUCUGUAUGGGUCAUAUCAAAGCAGCUGUCUAAUGGGUCCUGAAGUAAAAGGGAUGUUUUAGUUGAUGUGACAGGAUGGAAAAAUGUUACAUUGCCAAAUAAAUAAAAUAAAUAUUGCAAUCAG